CCAAGUCACACGUUAACUCAUUCCCUCCAGGCCAAGGAUUAAAUCCUGUCCAUGUAGGGGUCAGGGCUUCUGCAGACCCUGAGAGCAAAGCACCCCACCCCCAAGUGAGGGGAGGCUCGAGGGAAAGGGAGGGACAGAACACAGGGAGAGAGAGAAGGAAGGAGGGGCCGCCAGCCGGGUUCCUGUCCCCCCACAGAGCCAGCUCAGAUUCGGCUCUAGGAACAAGUCAGCCACAGAAGCGGCGGCAGCUUCUCUCCUCCAGCUAAGGACAGCAGGCACACAGACGCACGGACAGAGGUGCUAGGCGGAAGUCCUCAGCCCCCAGCCGUUCGGCCGGGCCUGGCCCCAUGGCCUUCAACGACCUCCUGCAGCAGGUGGGGGGUGUCGGCCGCUUCCAGCAGAUCCAGGUCACUCUGGUGGCCCUCCCCCUGCUCCUGAUGGCCUCCCACAACACGCUGCAGAACUUCACCGCGGCCAUCCCUACCCACCACUGCCGCCCGCCCGCCGAGGCCAACUUCAGCCAGGACGGGGGGCUGGAGGCCUGGCUGCCCCGGGACGGACAGGGGCAGCCCGAGUCCUGCCUCCGCUUCACCGUCCCCCGGCGGGGACCACCCUUUCCCAACAGCACAGACGCCAACAGCACGGGGGCCACAGAGCCCUGCACCAACGGCUGGAUCUAUGACAACAGCACCUUCCCCUCCACCAUCGUGACUGAGUGGGACCUCGUGUGCUCUAACAGGGCCUUACGCCAGCUGGCCCAGUCCUUGUACAUGGUAGGGGUGCUUCUUGGAGCCAUGGUGUUUGGGUACCUGGCAGACAGGCUGGGCCGCCGGAAGGUGCUGAUCUUGAACUACCUGCAGACAGCCGUGUCAGGCACCUGUGCAGCCUUCGCUCCCAACUUCCCUGUCUACUGUGCCUUCCGGCUCCUCUCGGGCAUGUCGCUGGCUAGCAUCGCCCUCAACUGCAUGACACUGAGUUUGGAGUGGAUGCCCAUCCACACGCGGGCUUGUGUGGGCACCCUGAUAGGCUACGUCUACAGCCUGGGCCAGUUCCUCCUGGCCGGUGUGGCUUAUGCUGUGCCCCACUGGCGCCACCUGCAGCUGCUGGUCUCCGUGCCUUUCUUCGGCUUCUUCAUCUACUCCUGGUUCUUCAUCGAGUCUGCCCGCUGGCAAUCCUCCUCUGGGAGGCUAGACCUCACCUUGAAGACCCUGCAGAGAGUGGCCUGGAUCAAUGGGAAGCGGGAAGAGGGGACCAAGCUAAGUAUGGAGGUGCUCCGGGCCAGUCUGCAGAAGGAGCUGACCAUGGGCAAAGGCCAGGCAUCCGCCCUGGAGUUGCUGCGCUGCCCCGCCCUUCGCCACCUCUUCCUCUGCCUCUCCAUGCUGUGGUUUGCCACUAGUUUUGCAUACUAUGGGCUGGUUAUGGACCUGCAGGGCUUUGGGGUCAGCAUCUACCUAAUCCAGGUGAUUUUUGGUGCUGUGGACCUGCCUGCCAAGCUUGUGGGCUUCCUUGUCAUCAACUCUCUGGGCCGCCGGCCUGCCCAGAUGGCCUCCCUGCUGCUGGCAGGCAUCUGCAUCCUGGUCAAUGGGGUGAUACCCCAGGAUCAGUCCAUGGUCCGAACCUCCCUUGCCGUUCUGGGGAAAGGCUGCCUGGCUACCUCCUUCAACUGCAUCUUCCUAUACACUGGGGAGCUGUACCCCACGGUGAUCCGAACGGGAUGCAAAAUUCGAGAGAGGUCAAAGAAAGGCCAGGCUGCCCUAGGCUACUCGGAACCAGCAGGGUCAUGGUCACCGUCCCGUGCCUGCAUGGGACUUCAGGGGAACGAGCAACAGUAGAAAGCACUCACUAUGUGCCAGGCACCGUCUUAACCUUUUUGACAAAUAUCAACUCAUUUCGUCCGCAGAGCAAGCCUAUAAGGUAGGUGCUAUGGCUAUUCCCAUUUGAUGAGUGAGAAAAGUGAGCCACAGAAAGGUUAGGUGAUUUGCCCAAGGUCACACAGCUUGUAAGUGGGGAAGCUUGGAUUUGAACUCAAGCACUUUGUCUCCUGAGUCAAUGUUUUUAACCUCUGCUUUCAUAGAGAAGGUUCUGAACAUAGUCUCAACGUGCAGUCUCCAGGUCCUCUCCCCUGGGGAUUCUAAUCCAAUAGGACUGUUUGCUCCAGAGCAACUAUAACUCAAAAUCCACCCCACCCCACCCCCACCCUGCCCCAGUGAUCUGAGCACCACCGGCCUAACUGAACUGUCUGAUUUGACAGCUCAGGAAACUGAGGCCCAGAGAUGAAAAGGGACUCUUCCUAAGGUCACACAGCAGGUUAAGGGCCGAGGCGAAAUUCAGUCUCCUGAUUCUUUGGCCAGAGCCUUUCCCCACGUGUUUUUGGUUUUUAUGGUUGUCUGUUGUUGUUUUUUUUAAUCUCCAAAACAGGGAUGC